AUGGUGAUUUUCUAUGCUGUGUACUACAUGGUCCUAUCUGUGUGCUUUGCAAUAUUCAAGAUUAAUAUGUUGGAUGGUUUGGCACCUUUUGAUUUUAAGACAAAUCCUUCAUGGAUUAACCCGUAUUAUUUAGCUCUUGUUAUAUCAUUGGAAAUAACUUUCUUCACAUGUGGUCUGCUGUUUGCCCUGGUUGUGGAAGAAUGGGUUUGGGAUUAUGGUGUAACAGUUACUGUUAUUCAUGUCAUCAUAACUUCAGUCAUUAUGUCUGAAUUCCCCCUGAUGUUACACUGGUGGCUGGCAUUAGGAUCUGGCGUAAUUUCGAUGAUUUGUGGAGGACAGAUUUUGGCAUACUUCUUGUUCAAAGACAACUUCAUUUACCCAAUUCUAGAUGAUUUUUGA